UCCGAACCGAACACAAAAAAUUAAAAAAUAGUCUAACCUCAAAUAUGAAUAUUCUGUUUGUUUAUGAAAUCACUGAAAAUAGUCGAUAUUAAUUAAUUAUAUUGUCCGCUUAUGUUAAAAAGUACUUUGGGUAUACCGUAUUUUGGUUGAAAUGAGUUUACCAACCGAUUUCGGGCCUGAUUCAGGUGGAAGAAUUAAGGGUGUAUGUAUUGUAAAACCUAUAGUUUAUGGCAAUAUAGCAAGAUAUUUUGGUAAAAAACGAGAGGAAGAUGGCCAUACACAUCAAUGGACAGUUUAUGUGAAACCAUAUAAUAAUGAAGAUAUGUCAACAUAUAUUAAAAAAGUCCACUUCAAACUACACGAAAGUUAUGUCAACCCAAAUAGAAUUGUAGUGAAACCGCCAUAUGAAAUCAGCGAGACUGGCUGGGGGGAAUUUGAAAUUGUUAUUAAAAUUCAUUUUCAUGAUCCCAAUGAACGACCUGUGACCAUGUAUCAUAUACUCAAAUUAUUUCAUUCUGGUGGAACUAGUGAUAUAGGAAUGGAACUAGGUAAAGGAUUAGUGUCUGAAAGUUAUGAUGAAAUAGUUUUUCAAGAUCCAACACAGUUGAUGCAUCAUUUACUCACAAACACAAAACAACUAACACUUGGACGAUGGGAGCACAACACAAAUUUUGAAGAAAAGAAAGAAAAAACCCAAAAAACCAUUGUAGAUGCUAAGCAAAAGGUUAGAUUGGAAAUUGCUUCUUACAAAAACAGAUUGAAACUUGCUAGAGAAAUCAUAUCACAAUUCAAAGAUGAGAUAGCCAAGGUACAAGAUCAACAGUUUGUGUAGAAUGAAUCAACAUUUUUGAAUUUUAAGGAAGUAUUAUAUCUCUAACUGAAGUACAUUUAAAUGUUAAAAUAAAAUCAAAUUUUAGAUAUAAAA